AUGUCUGCUGGUCCAUCAGCUGGUAGCAGUAAUGCUAUAAUGGUGCCAAUAUAUGAUAAAAUUCCUUUAUCGCAUUUACUCGAAGCAGCUGUACAAAAAACUUAUCAUGAAUUAUAUACAAUGGCAGAUGUUUUACAUAGUCAAACGAAUUUAGAACGAAAAAUUGAAUUAAUUAAAUUUGCAUGUCGUGCUCGACAAUUAUUUAUACGUAUUUUAGCAGUUGUUAAAUGGACAUCAACAACGGGAAGAGUAACAGCAUGUGAAGAUAUACAAAAUUUCCUUGAAAUUCGUGCUAGAUUAAUACGUCAAACAUCUGAUUCAUUAGCUCAAUUAUCACGUGAAAAAUUAAUUGGUGCUCGAGUGCCUAACUUUCCAGUAACUGAUGCUAUUGAUGCAUUAACACUUGGUUCAGUUAAUUUUCUACCAAAACGUAUAGCAGAAGUAGCAACAAAUGAUACACCAGCAACUGAAAAUGAACGUCAAAAAAUUCUACCACGCCUACAACAAAUUCUAAUAGCAAGAGUAUCAACUUCAGACUUACCGAUUCAAUUUACUGACGUAACAAUUAAAAAUGGAAUUGUAAUAUUAGCAGUUGAUGGAGAAUUUGAAGUCAGAUUAGGAAUUACCAAUGAUAAUUUAUCAUCUCCAUGGCAUGUAUAUCAAACAAAACUAUUUUUACGAGAUCCAGAAGAACCGGAACAUGAUCUUAUUCAUCCACUGCAGAUGCAAACAAUAACAAAUUUUAUUCAAAGUUGGCUGAAUGAUGCUGAAAAACCAUUAGUAGAUCUUUAUCGAUAUUUACAUUAUUUUUGUCAAUCAUUACGUUUACAAGUUCUAUUUGAACAAGCUCAUCGAAUACGUAAUCAAGGUGCAAAACAAAAAGAUUUACAUAUAUCUGGUUAUACUUCAUGUAAAAGUUUUAAUAUUGAAUAUUGGAAAGAAUAUAGUACGAGUAUCAAUAACAAUAUUAAUAGUAAUCAAUCAAAAAAACAAGUUAUUCAUGGAAAAAAUAUAGAUAUCGGUAUGACAAUUCUAUGUGAUGAAAAUGGCAAAUUUCAGAUACAACAUUGGCCUCCUUUACCUAUUGAUGAUAGUGUUGCAAUUUUACAAAUUUUAGAAAAACCCAUAUUUACAAUGGAAGAAAUUUUAAAUCGAACAAUUUAUGCACGUUGUCAACGUCGAUUUGAAGAAUUAAAAGAAACAAUCUUAUUAACAACUAUAGCAAAUAUUGAAAUUGAUUCUAUAAUACCUGCGUUAAAAUGUGGAUUUUUACCUGAUAGUACAUCAGAAGAAAUCUUAUUUAUAUCAAUUAGUCCAUUUUCGGGUUUAUUCAAAGUGGUUUCUUAUAUGGAAACUCGUUAUUCACAACAAAUUGAAAAUGCACUUAAUCGUGAUCAAACAAAUUUGAUUGAAUCAAUUAACCUAUUCAAAAUUUGGUUAAUUCAACAACGUAUUCCAUCACUUUUAGCUCAUCUAAAUUGUCGUAUACAUACACGUAUACCAUCACUGAAUCUCAAGAAUGAAUUACUUGUUCCAUUUAAUAAUAAUAGUAUUUAUAUUGAAUUAAUUCAUAAUGAAGGAUUCUUUAUUAUUGUUCAUAUAUCUGAUGUAAAUCAAUUAUUAAUUCAAUAUUAUUUAUUAAUUGUGGAAAAACGUUACUCAACACAUGAAUUACUAGUUCAACAACAAACAUCUAAUCAACAAACAACGACAACAGCAGCAGCAACUGCAACAACAGCAGCGACUACAACAACAGCAGCAACAACAACAACAGCAACGACGACGACGACGACGACGACGACAACACCAGCAACAACGACAAAUGAUGAAGGUGCUAAAUGGAUAUUAGAACCACUUGUAUUAUGUCCAUUAGAUCCAACAACAUUUUUAAGAAAAGAAUUAUUUCAAUUUAAAAGUACGUUUCAAUAUAAUAAAAUAAUAGAAAAUAAUGAUAAUGAUAAUGAUGAUAAUGAUGACGAUGAGAAUAAAAUUAGACAAGCUCAUUCAAUGUCAAUUGUAUCACUUAAAUCACUAGUCAAAUUCGUUAAUUAUUAUGAUGAAAUGCUUUCAUUGAUAUUUUUAAAAGAUGAUUUUCAACGUAAAAAAACAAUUUGUAAAAGUAUACUCUAUUGUACAUGGACCGGUAUUCCAUAUCUUGAUAUUGUUCGAACAUCAACUGAUGAUGAAUCAUAUUCGCUAAGUAAUGAACUUGUCGAUUAUAUAAAUGAUUAUUUUUGGCCUCGUAUUCAAUCGUGUACUAUUCGAUUAACUUAUACUUUACGUGAUUCAAAUCGUGAACAUAAACCUAUAGGACGACAAUGGAUUACUGAUUUAAAUUUAUUUAAUAAUAAUUAUUUUCAUAAUGCUUUUAUUAAAACUCCAUAUUAUUCUGUUGUUGUUUAUACUCAACUAUCGACAAAACCUUAUUCAAAAGUUGUUGAUUUUAUUCUUAAUGAACUUCGAACGGCAUUUGAAUUAACACAUUUAUUUGAAAAUUAUUCAUCAUCUCUAUUAGAAUCAAUUGAUCUUCAUGCAGUUUCAAAAUUAAUUUUAUUUAAUUUUUUUAAAUGUAUAAUUCAUUACGGACCAGAUUUUGCUUUUUCUGUAACAUUAACAUCAAAAAAUAAUCAAAUUCAACAAGAAUUAAAUUCAAAUAAUGAAAGAACAUUUGAUAUACGUUUUUCAACAAUGAAAGACACAUUUUUAACAACAUAUCAUCAUAUAUUAAAUAGAAAAUUAACAUUAUUUUUAAAUCAAACACAUUCAUUAAGACAAUUUAUACGAUUGUUAUAUAUGACAGCAAUUCCAAUAUCUUCAAUUGCUCGAUUAGAUUGUUUUAAUCGACCAAUUGUCUUUGUUUAUCAGUGUGGUUGUCCUCAACCGAUUCUAACAUUUGUUCCAUAUACUGAAUCUCGAUGGCGUCUUAUAUUUGGUCAAAUAUUUGCACUUGAUAUACAAAUAUGUGGUCCUAAUUUAAUACUUGUUCGUGAUGGUUCAUUUAGUGUACAAUUAAAUAGUUCAUUACCUGAGCUUUCACCAAUACCUCGACUUAAGGAAUUUCUAUCUACAUAUGCUGAUGAUCGUGGUUUAACAUUUGAAUUUUCUGAUAUAACUGACAAUUUUCAUAAACAAGAUUUUAUUUUACCAGAAAUGGAAAUAUCUCAUUCAUCUUCAAAUUUAUUCAAUCAUACAACAAAUAAUUCCACAUUACAUGAUUCAUUGAUGGAUACAACAACAGAACCACCUGUUCUAUCACCGAGUGAUAUUUAUGAUGUUAUGCUCCGAGAAACAUUACCUAUUACUACUUCAAACACUCGAACAGAUCACACUGAUGAUCAACAAUCACCAAUUUUAUAUACUUAUAAUCAUGAAUUAUUAACAAAAACGAAUUAUCCUGUAUAUAUGAGUCAACAAACAUUUUUUCGAAUGCUUUAUACACCUAAUCGACAUCAAUGGUCAAAAUUUGAAUCAUUUCUUGCAUCAUCUAUUCUUAUACGACAAUUUGCUAAAGCUGUUACUGAACCUUUUGAUGCAAAUAAUAUAACUGUACGAUCUGUACCAAAUGAAUUAGAUACAUAUCGACUAGAUCAUUUAUCUCUUCAAAUAGUAUUUACAUUUGAUAUUCCGACAGGAAUUUAUCGAAUUAAUUUUACUUCAUUAUUUGAUCCAUCACAACAACAACAAUCAAAUAUAUUUUGGUCACCAGAUGAAAUUCAAAUAAUGGAUAAAUUUUUUAAUGAAAAUUUUUUUCCAAUAUCACCAUUAACGAAUUCAACUACGCCAUCAAUUGAUAUAUUAUCAUUACAAGCAUCUCAAAAUUUAAAUACAGCUAUGGGUUCAUUUGAACGAAUGCUUUCGAUAACCCGUCCUCGAAUAUUAAAAGACUUAGUUCAAAUUAUUGCACUUGCUCAGAAUCCUGAAAGUCAUCAUCUAUGGCGUGCACGUUGGUGUUUAACAAUUCCACCGGGUAAUGGUUUUAAUCAAGCUGGUCAACCGGCAAUUUAUUAUCACUCUAGACAAUCAUCAUUUCUUUUUAUGUUUCAAUUUAUUUCUCGAAUAAAUCAAAGUGAAAUUCAAAAUAAUAGUAAUAAUACUUCAACAUUUAUUGUUUCAUUAAUGUAUGAUAUAAAUAAAAAUCAAACAACUUUAUGGGAUGGUUCAUAUAAACAAACAUCUGUGGGAAAUGAAUCUAAAUAUCAAGCAAUAACAAAAAUUUUAAACACAAUCAAAGAAACAAUUAAUAAAAAUGAAUGUUCAUUAUAUCCAACAAUUCUUGAAUUAAUUACUAAUUUAAAAGUUCCAUUAACAACUAAUAAUGCAUCGUGA